CAAAAAGAAGGGAUUUGAAUAUGGCUCAGUAAGAGGAGGAGUGUCCAGCAGUAUCUCUCCUCCCGCCCCUCCCUUUCUGUCCAGCAGGAAGUUUCAGUUCCCUGUGAGAGUUUUUGGAGAGUCGCGGCGGGCGGUUGGACCGUCUACCAGCCGGUUGAAAUGGCUUGAGAGGCGGAUGGCAAGGACGGUUUCGCCUCGCUUCAAGUUUUGUCAGUAGAGUAUUAAUAUGCAAUAUGCUUACUCAAAUGAGUAGCGUUAUUUUACACCAGCUCCGAGUUAUUCCGCUGCUGUGUUGUGUGUAAAAAUCUUCGGAAGGCAUCAUGGCAAACGUUAAAGUUGCCGUUCGAGUCCGUCCACUCAACGCAAGGGAGAGUGCGGACAGAGGAAGGGUAGCAGUUCAAGUGGAGGAUAAAUUUGUGAGGAUCCAAAAUGUCAAGCUGGAUGGACGUAUGGACAGUGUUGUGGACUCCAGGGAGAAGCUUCUGGAGUUUUGUUUUGACUACUGCUACUGGUCGGUGGACCCUGCAGACCCUCACUAUGCUUCGCAAGAGGAGGUGUUCCAGGACUUGGGUGUGUCGGUGCUGGCCGGAGCUUCCGAGGGCUACAACGUGUGUCUGUUUGCUUACGGCCAAACAGGAUCUGGAAAGACGUACACAAUGAUGGGGACACCGGAUUCCAUUGGCUUGACCCCUCGGAUCUGUCAGGGUCUCUUUAGGUCUGAAGACACUUUUCCUGAUGGGCAGAACUCAAGCAGAGUAGAGAUCAGCUUUCUGGAGAUCUAUAAUGAGCGUGUGAGAGACCUGCUGAAAGGAGGAGAGCAGAAGAAGAGAGCCUCCCUGAGAGUCAGAGAGCAUCCUGAGAAAGGGCCUUAUGUACAGGACCUUUCGCAGCAUGUGGUCUCGGACGGCAAGCAGGCCAUGGACCUUUUGGAGGAAGGCAUCGCCAACCGCAUCACCGCAGCAACCCACAAUCAUGACGCCAGCAGCAGAUCCCACGCCAUCUUUACUAUCCAGUACACACAGGCAAUACUAGAAAAUAACCGUCCUUCAGAAACUGUCAGCAAGAUUAACCUUGUAGACUUGGCGGGGAGUGAGAGAGCGGACUACAACUACUGCAGGGAUAGACUAACAGAGGGCUCCAACAUUAACAAGUCGCUCGUCACUUUGGGCAUCGUCAUUUCUGCUCUUGCCCAGAAUUCCCAGAUGUCCAGCAGCUGCCAGAGUAUCAACAGCAUGGCCUCUGAGGGUGAUGGCAGCACGGUCGGUAGCCACAGCAGCUCCCUUUCUGGAGGAGGAGGAGGAGGAGGAGGAGGAGGUGGGAGGAGGCACUGCUUCAUCCCCUACAGAGAUUCAGUCCUGACCUGGCUGCUGAAAGACAGUCUAGGCGGCAACUCCAAGACCAUUAUGAUUGCAACGGUCUCACCCUCCGCUAACAGCUACAACGAGACCCUGAGCACCCUUCGCUAUGCUGCCCAUGCCAGAAAUAUUGUCAACAAACCUCGGGUUAAUGAGGAUGCUAAUGUUCGGCUGAUCAGGGAGCUGAGAGAGGAAAUUGACAGGCUGAAGAGCAUGCUGCUCAGCUUUGAAAUGCAGCGUAAUCCCAGUCCAUCCCUGAGUGACGAGAGGGAUGGAACACUUUCUGACAUCGUGCUGCAGAACGAACUAAAGGUGGAGCAGCUCACGAAGGACUGGUCGGAGAGCUGGAGAGACAAGAAGGAGCUGCUGGAGCAGUACAGUGUGGACAUCAACAGAGACCAGGCCGGUUUCCUCAUCAACUCCCUCCAACCACACCUGGUUACCCUCGAUGGAGAUGUUCUCAGCACUGGGGUCGUCUUCUAUCACCUCAGGGAGGGAGUUACCCGCAUCGGACCUCAAGAUCAGUUUGAAGAACCACAAAUAGUUCUGCAGGGCAACGCCAGCUGUGAGAUUGAAAACCACGGAGGUGUGGUAACGCUCAGACCGCUGCCAGGCUGCGUCUGCCUGCUCAACGACAGGGAGGUUACUGAGCCCUGCAGACUGGCUCAAGGAACAGUGAUCACCUUAGGAGGAGUGCAUAAGUUCCGCUUCAACCACCCAGCAGAGGCAGCUGUCCUCCGUGAGCGCAGACGGGCCAGCGAAGGCGGCAUGCCCUGCACCUACAUCGACCUUUGCCCCCUGACCUCUGACCACAGUGACAAACAAGUGGAGCUCCAAGGGCAGCUGGGAGCCAGUCUCUCCCCCAGUGAGGAGCCUACUGCUAGGCAGCGUGUGGAGGAGCAGCAGCGCUACGUGGAGAGUUUGCGACAGGAGAUUCACUCUGAGCAAAGACGGGCUGAGAGAGAACUGGAGAGGGAGCAGGCCCAUCUCCGACAGCAGCACAGUGAGAUCCAGCAGUGGAUUUUGCAGGAGAAACGGCGUCUGUCAGCAGUAGAACAUAGAGUCACCCAAGAGCUUGGAAUUCAAACAGACCUUGUCCCUGCACCCCUCCUGGAGCGGCUAACAAGUCAGGCAUCUGAGGAUCAGGAAGGUCUAACAGUGAAUCGUCCGUCCCAGGUGGUAAGGGCCAGGAAAAAGGCGGUACAGGAGGAGUUACUGAAGCAUCACGCCCUCUGCCGUGCUGAGAGCCGCAUCCGUCGGAAAAGACUGCACUACCAGCUGGAGAGAAUCGCCCGCAAGCGGCAUCUUUUGGAAGCUAAGAGAGAAUUGCAGCAGCUAGAAAAGUCCUUGCCUCCAGGACCAGACAGCCCUGAGUCUCCCGAGAUGGGGUCCCCCCAGAAGCUCAGAGGACGACCAUUUGUUUCUCGUAGACAUUCAUUCUCAGCAGAUCUUCUGUCCCGGCUCUACCCACAGCACACCCCUAUCUUCAGACACUUCCUGAAGAGAAACAGAUCCACAGAGCUGGCUUCCAAUUCGUCCAUAACGUCUGAUUCCAUAGGCAGCAGGAGGUGGGUUUCGGAUGAGUGCCUUCCUCGGGAAAGGACCCAGAGUUGUUCCGGCACUCUCUUCUCAGGACAAAGUCGAGCCUGCCAGAGUAGAGUCGGCUCCUCUGAAAACAACAGACAAACCACGAAGGAGGCGCCCCAAGCUCAGCCCUGCAGGGAACGUCCAGAAAGAAAACCUCUGCUGCCGAACCGAGACCUGUCUUUUAAGAAGAGAUCAGAUCAGAAUUCACCAAUUACUCUGAAGUCACCACUUAGUUCUACUGUGCAGCCAGUUAGCAAAGAAAAUAUGCAAGGAUCCACAACAGACAAACCGUGUUCUGAGAUUGUCCCUUGUAUGAAUGUAAAAACCCCAGCCCAUGCUAAUGACAACAGACUAGAAACCAUCAGGAAAUCUUUUUCUCGCUCUGUGGGGCCGAGGUUAAAAACAGCUCUGUCAAAAGUGUUCAGAAAACCACCGUCAGGUGCAAAUGGAGGACGGGGCCCCAAAGCUCUGGGGAGGAUAGCAAGCAAAUUUCACUGGAGACAAAGAAGAGACAGGAGCUUCAAAGAUACCAAGACGAGCAGAAGUAAAUGUACCAUUAAAGCUGCUGUGUCGUGCGAGGAGCUUGACCAAAGGACUUUGUUUGAGAACAUUAGACAGAGGAGGUGGCAUAGUACAGAGACCCUGAUGAACAAGACUGGCAGAUGGGUGGAGAGGCAGCAGGAAUUGGUCAGAUGGGAGGAAGAUGAUAGGGAAGCAGAAGUAGAGAGGGAUGAAGGAGCGUCAGACUGCGAGAGCCUUUUCUCUCUUGAUUCUCUGUCCUCUGCUUAUGCAACAGCCCUAGUAGAGCAGCUGAGACAUGAGGAAGCAGCUCAGAGUGAGGCAGAGAGCGAAGACAGUGAGAUGUCUAAAGACUCCUUGGCUGUGGGGAGCUGUGAAAAACACUCUAUAGUGAGGAGACUUAGCCAAACAGUGGUUCCAACUUACUCACUGGUGACAGGUGCCUCCCAUUCAUCCACGGUGCGCAACAAGACACAAGAGAUCAAUUUAGAACGAGAUAGCUGUCGGAAACCUCAGGUGAUCCCAGCCGAGGCGUACUGGAGCCAGCAAGGCUCCCCAAAAACAAGACAUAGAGGGGAUAUUGGUGCUACAAGGAAACCCCUUUCUCAAAACCCCUUAGCAGCAGAUUGUAGAGGCAGAGACACUGUUCACAAAUUGAUUGAGGACUUUGGUAACAUGCAAACCACUUCAACAUGUAGCCCCCGUUCCCUGAGCAGCUGUAGUGCGAGGGAGUCAGAAAGCAUGUUGCCUCUCACUGAUGCCUGGUCCUCUACCGAUGCAGCAGACAGUCCCAGGAUUCACAGGGAUUCUCUACCUUUCCAAAGAGAAAUGAUGUUCAGAGGUGUAGAGAGCAGCAGUAGCAGCCCCAGCCCAACCAGUAUGAACCUCUCAGACUCAGACAGACAGAGCGGAUCUAGAAGCUCAACAUCCACCAACUCUGAAGGUAUAAAUAUAACAGUGCAGACUCAAGACUCUCGGAGUCUAACAACACCAGAUGAUGCUUUGAUAUCACAGAAUCUGAAAGAUUUAGAGCAAUCAGAAAGUAUGCAAGAGGCUUUUACAGAUACUCCAGAUGACAACAGCAACAGAAGUCCACCAUCUUUGCCCACCUCAGAUCGAAUUGCUUGUGUGUCACCCACUGAGAUACCCCACGCUGCACAACUAGCAUCAAAAUUGCUCCAGGUGUUUACUGAUGGACCUGAUAUGGUUUCUGCUGAUGUUAUGAUGUCCUCUGACACUGAAAUGUGUACCUCAGGUUGUCAAACAAAAAAGCAUUUCUCUACAAAUCCUACAAAGCAAGGUCAAGUAUUGAACAAGAUGUUUGACACUGCAAGUGCCUUAAAAUCGUCCACUGAAGAUGAUGUACUAUGCAAUCUAGAUGGUGCAACAGAAACGUUGAAAGAUAUACACCAAUAUGAUUUUACCAAAGAUGUAUCCCUCACAAGGGAUGAAACAGUAGAUGAGGUUGAAGCCAAAGGCACUGAGCAGUAUGUUGCACUACAGCAGGAACUUGUUAAAUCAGCUUGUAAAAAUUCCAGGAAGAGGAACAAAGACAAGCAGGAUGCUUUCAUGGGCAGCCUGAAAAUUCCAAAAAGGAGCAACAGCAGAGAGUCGGUGACUUUCUGCUCUAUACCAGUUGGCAGCCAGGAUGAUAUUUGGCUUGAUGACAAUAACAACACCAGUGACUCUAAAGGAGAACAAUCUCCUGUGGAAACUGACAGCCCUGGAUUUGAUUCUGCUCAUGCUGAUGGCAGCAUUAGACAAGAUACAGUGGCUUCAGUGGUGUUGCCAGUUUCUGAUCCUGUGUCCAGGAAACUUGGACAGAUUUGUAAGAUCUUUGAGGACUAUGAAUGUGGGUUUAAAAGUGGUGACAAAAGUUCUCAUACUGGUAAUUCUGUGGGAGAGAAGAAAGUAGUUGAAAAAGGUGAUGUAACAAUAAAAGAAGUUGUUACAGUAUCAAAAGAGGACAAAUCCCAAAUUAAUAAAACAGGAAAACAUCAAGAAAAUAGAAAACAUGUAUGUCAGUCAGAGGCAAUUUGUAGCGCCAUUGACCUGAGAAUCUCAGAAGUUGUGAAAGAGCACAUGAAACUGUCAUUGACUGGCAGCAACUGUGACAGGAAUAGGAGUCAGAGUCUGAAUGCCUUGUCAUCAUCUACAUGUCAUUUCGACUAUAAAAGUGAUGAACAUCAAUGGAGAGAAAAACAGCAGAGAGGUGAGAGAAGUGAUCAGGUGAAAGAAGUGACAAACCUCGGUGGAGAUUCAUUGGACAGAAUGACAUGCAAAAACGCGGUGGACAAAAGUGAGCACCUGGCAUCAGAUAUACCAGCUGAACUGGGCACUAACAAUGACGACGACACUCUUAAGUCUACUGAAAUAACACAAAAGAUUGACCAUGCUCAGAGCUAUUCUGAUGGAACAUCAAAAAAGCUGGUAAAUGAUCAUUGUGUUUUUCAAAACUCCUCUGCAGAAACCAAAAAUAUUAAAUCGAAUCUGACACUGAAUGGCCAUGAAGAGUCUGAGGAGCCUGGCAACCCAACUUUGCAACCAACGAGUUUGUCCUCAGUGAGUGAUUUCACCUCAGCAAGAACAUGUAUUGAUUCUCAAGGAAAUGCUGUGGAGAAAGAUGACACAGGUCAACAAAAAGAAAAUUCUCAUCUUAAUCCUACCGUCGGUGAUAUUUGUUCAAAAAGAGUGGACCAGCAGAGCUACUCUGAAGCCCCUGCUUUGAAUUCUGAUUGCCCACAACUUCCCCAAAUAUCCCUUGCAACACCUGACACCACCGGUGGCACAAAGGUGAACCUUUGCUGUAAAUAUGUAAAGGAUGUCAGUAUGAAAGACGCAUCCAGUGUGGAAGAUGAGGACUGUCAUUCAUGCAAACAAAACUCACCGAGGGCAGUCAAACAGCAUAUCCAAAAUAGCCCUCACAUGUUGGGGGCUGUGAAAAAGUUCUGUGAUGGAGCAGUCAGUCAAUUCAGACCACAGAACCAUUACAGCGACCAGAAUACAUCCACUUACGAGAAGCAGCCUGGCCAUGAUGACAGUGAAACAGACACCACGCUAGGAGGUAAACCUUCUAUCAGAGCACAGGAUCAGUUCAGCAAUCCGCAAACCCAUUCAAAUAACUUGGCUCAGACUUUUGUCGUCAAUAUGAAUUACAAAAACAAAUGUCAAAAUAUGCCACAUUCACAGUGCAGAUUUGAUAAAGAUGCUCAAACCCACAGCAAAGGUGAUGAUGUAAUGAAAAAUGACAAAGAGAUAUUGACCCAGUCUGAAGUGCAGCUGCCAGAGAGCUUGGCAGAGUCUAAAUAUGAAACAAGUAUUUCUGGUUCUACACAACCCCGACACGAAAUGCCACAGGGAAAUGGCGUCAAAAAUACAAGUUGCUUUGGGUCUGUAAGGCCGCAAGAGGGCAAGAUAAACACAUCUACCGGCACACAGGGUAAUUCUGCUCUUAUAUCAAAAAAGGCCAAGUCUAAAAGGCUCAGAAGGUCUAAGAUCCAGACUCAUCCCACCUCUUCCUCUGACUCCUCUCUUAAGUCUUCAUCAGAUGAAGAGGAUGACAUAACCUCCAGAGUACAUCACAGCAGACUCUCAUCUACACGGGGAAAGCUUGGAUCUGAGAGUACCGGCAAACUAGAAGUCAGACAGCCUAGAAGCAAUGAUGCAGAUAUUUCUGCUACAGUGUCAAUGAGAAAAUGUAAAGUGAAGACUUGUUCUUCUAAAAAUGAGGUUCAAUUUAGUAGAAAUUAUUGCCAAAAAAGACAUUCUUUACCCCCUGUAGAAAAAAUCAUUCCCUUUGCAAAGAAAAGCGAACCACAACAUACACUGAAGUCGCAGGACUCCCCCAUGCAUUUUGCCUCUAGUGACAUCAACCCUUUUGUUCACCAGUGGCAAGACGAGGACUCAGACCAACACUGUUAUAAAAACCCAGCAUUUGGAAGUGCUGCUGACCUUUCCUGUAAAUCUCCCCUUUUAAACAGCACUGAAAAACGUAUAACAAGAUGCUGUAGUGUUGACAAUGGUUUGAAUGGGCAGAACUCUCCUUUCAACUCCCAUCUCAGCACUUACGCCACCAACAAGGGGCUCUCCAGUACACUCAGCAGUAUGGAGGAUUAUAAAGAACAAGUCAACAAAACAUCUCAGCUUACGCCACAUCAACAGACAUCCAUCGAUAUUCACAAUCACCCAGCCAAUCUGACAAUGAACAGUAGUUCUUCAAACAACGAUGUUCCCAGCGGUUUUAGUAACAACUCCAGUCACAUGGAUGAAAUCAUGUUUGUUUACUCAUCUGAGCAAGAGUCUCAGGCGCCCAAAGCCCAAACCCAGGCCCAAAGAAGGAAGACAUGUGAACAUGGCACUCAAACUGAGCGUAGCCUUCAGACAAUGCUGGUUAAUGCUAGUAACAGUAGUAGUGCUCUAAAGAGGAAAGAGCGGCACAAAAGGAGCAACACUGAUGUACCUGCAACACAGAAAACCAAAGUGGACAUUAAAGAAUCUCCAACGUGGGCCAGUAUGGAAAGCAUGUCAGUCCAACUCUCAAAGUUGAUCGACAGCACUUCAGACCUGCUGGAGGACGUCCAGGGAAUGAGAACAGGUGAAGCCCUCAAGUCCAGUCCACAGAAGAGCGUCAACUUGUCAAAUAUCAGCAUCUCCUAUAGUGAGAGUAAAGACUGCACCAAGAGAGACUGCUCAACUCAAACAGCAGUAGAUGUUGGGAUCCAGACAGAAAGGCCUUUAACACCAGCAAUGAAGGAAAUCGCAAAGCAUCAAACAUCUACUGAAAGGUCCAAAGCUCAUGAGGUCAAUGUGAUUGUCAAAGUGAUUGGUUCUGAGGUUGUUAGUGUGUCGAAAGACAAGGAUGUUCACUGUGUGGUGAAAAAUGAAGCUAACACACAGGAAAAGAUGCAGAGCAUGCCUGACCUGAGGUUUAACACCUCUGCUGCAGCAAAAAGGUCUACUAUACAAUCAGAGAACGCCCCCGUCAAAACACCACCUAUGAAGACUGCAGCUGAAGGUCGAAGACGUGUAAGAUCUGCUUCUUCAAGAGGCUCAAAGCAAAGCACGCCUGAGGCACUGUUCCACAAAAGUGUUGCAGUCUCUGAAAUCACCCCCAGAUCAGCAAGAAACAGCCACCAAGAAAAUCACAGCCCUUCUAAAAGAGGUGAUCCAUCACCUCGUUCAAAGAAAGAGCCUACAUACACAGAUCGUGCAUCGUCUCCCAUUCUCACUGUGGGAAUGAGAUUACAUAUGAAUCAGAGAGGAAAACACUCCACACUUUGUCCUCCAAAAUAUCAAGAUGGGAAUACAAACCAUGCUUCAGAGGAAGAAAGCCUUAUUGUGCCUUCUAGCAUACAGUCAGCAUGUACAUCUAUUUCAGAAGAUGAUCAAAUGCCCAGACAGGAUUGUGAUGUUUCCUCGAGAAAAUCAGAAUCUGUAUCACUCGAGAAAGUGAGUGAAAUGAGUUGCUCUAGCCCCAAAGGCUCCGAUAAGUGCUCUGCAAGCCUGAGUUCAUCACUGGAUAGAUAUACAGACACUGACAGGAGAAAUAUUGCCUAUAAAGACAAGAGCAACACCCAGCCCAGUCCCAAAUGGCAGAUGACCUGUCCUCCAAGUCCUGUCAAGACCUCUACUGAUGGUUUACCCAUGCAGAACCAUAUCUCUCCCAUAUUAAAACAGACUGGUGUGCACGAACAGCUGGCUAAAUCUAGACAUAGCAAAACACCAAACUACACAACCCAACCAAGACCUGCAGUGGAUUCUGUAGAUUUUUGUGUUGACGCCUACAAUCCUUCCCCAAACAGCGACAGGACUGUUCUACUUCAAGAGGACGACAUGGUGUCGCUGGCACCCAGUGAGUGCAACACAGAUAUCCUCGUGAACAUUACACCUGUCACCAGCAUGUCCAUGUGUCCAGAACACAAGAGAGUCCCUGAGGACCUGCCUAUGCACAAUAAAUUCACUAACUGGUCAGGCAUCAACCAUCAACAAUCAAAGCGCUGGAGUCUCCCCAACAAACUGGACACAAGUUUUAAAAACGACCAUAAGGAGAGCAGAAACUGUGCCGAAUGGGGCGAGAUGGAGAGUUACGGCUCAAAUGCGGAGUCUAUGGUGCAGAGCGACAGAAGGGCGAGAGAGAUAGAGAGGCUGCGACAGGAGAGAGAGCAGGUGAUGGCUACAGUCAACCUCAGCAUGAACCCCACACCGCUGACUGUGGAGCUGACAGAGGCCAAGCUCCAUUACGGCCUGGGAGAGACAGACACACUGUUAAAGAUGCUGUCCCCGAGGUCCAGAGAGGAGCCGGAGCCACCGACCUCUGCUCCUACCAAUCAGCAGCUGUAUGACAGACAUCGCAGGAGUAUUGAGGGUUUGAGGCAGCAGAGGGAGGAGCGUCUCCAGACUUUCCGGAGAGCUCGUAGUCUGAGUCCCAGCAAACAUCCUCGCUCCUCUCCUCAAGAGGCCGUUUCCUCCUCCAAGGUUUCUGUCGCCACGCCCAGUCGGCGUAAGGAUUAUCUGCAACAGCUGCGUCAAGAGGUGAUAGACAGCACCAGAAUACCAGACCCUCCAAGAGGAGAGGGCCAGUGCCCGUCUGAUAUUGAGCAGCUGUUGCGUGACUACGGCCGUGCCCGGGAGGAAGCCAGGACAGAGAUCGCAAAGGCACGGGAACGACUGAGAGAAAGGACCGAGCAGGAGAAGAGGAGGCUUCAGCAGCAGGCCCUGUCUCAGGAAGUUAAAGAUGACCUGAGACAUCGAACAAGAAUCAGCAACAGCACCUUGUGCACAGGAUCCAGCCUGAGCCUUUCCUCUGGACCAACGUCCGGGUACAACAGCGGCAACACUGUCCAGCUUUCACAUUGCAGCAGACCAGUUCUUACUGGACAGACUACAGGGUUCCAGGAUGAAGGGCUGAAGGUCAGGACACGUCCUCCUAUAUGUGGUCCUCAAAGUGUGAAGACACAGGGUGCCUGGCUGUCUGCCCAGGAUGUCCGCUUCGAGCCUUCUGUCACCGGGUUUGAGCCGGUGAUGACCUCAUCUCCAUCACCCCCAACGUGUACUCGACGGCGCACCGCCUCCUUCGGCUCCUGCUCUUCCAUAUCCACAACUUAUCAGGAUAUCACAUCCAGUCUCCUCGGUCGAGCUCUAGCCGAGGUGCGACUUGCUUCCUCUGGGGAUUUGAGCAACCUGAUGACGGGCAAGGCCACAGCAGGCUGGAAAUACCAGGGAGAAGAACGAGGCAUCCAGGCUUACUAUAAGCCCUCUUCCAGCCUGUCUGUCCAUGGUUUCAUGGGGGCCGGGGAGCUGGACAGACCCCUUGACAGCCUGUGGAGCCUUAUCUGCCAGCUGUCCAAGAGCCACAUGUACAAUCAGUCAGUCCGUUCUGUCUGGACACGACCACUAGAUGACAGCACUCAGCUGGUCUACAUAUUAACAGAUCCGUCCACCUGCCACCUCAGCCAGCCGCGGGACUUCUGCUGCAUUAGCACCGAAUCAAAACAGGGUGGCCUGAGCGUGUUGGCAAUGCAGUCUGUGUUCGAGGAGUCUCUGCCUCGUCCCAGUGUUGAUGCCGUCCGAGGGGAGAUGAUGCCCAGUUGCUGGAUCCUGCAGCCGGUCAGACGAAGUGGACAGGAAGUCACCAGGGUCGUCUACCUUCUGCAGGUUGAUCUCGGAUCUCCAUCUUUUCCUCACCGACUCUUGAACACUGUUGCCAGGAGACAAGCAGCUGUCAUCGCCGAUCUUGACAUUUUCCUCGCUUCGUAAAUCCGCAGACACACACACACGAAGACGCAUCAGCAGUGAGCACUUAGACUUAACUGUCUCCACUGUGGAGUUAGUCUGUCUUUUUGAAUUUGCACCUAAAAAAUUUUUUACUUGACUUUUUCUAUUUUAAGAGCACUGUUAUCUUGAUUUCCAGUUACAAAGUUGAAGCAGCUUUUUUUUGUAUGAAGGUAUUUAAAAAAAAAAAAAAAUUGAAACUGUAUUUUUGUACGUGUAUGUGAAUGCUUUUAACAAUCAUACUCCUAUUAUACCAAAGAUUAGUUAGAAGUCUAAGGGAAUGACUUGCCAUGACCCGUUAUCAAGAUCCCCAACUUGAUCUUUUCACCAAUAUGAUGAAAUAUCUUAAUAAAUAUUUCAUAAUCUGAUAAGUACCAACUAUUUAUCUCCCUUAAUACCUGUUAGCAAUAUGGUGUCUUCUGAUUUCUACCAUUUGCUAACUUGGAAAGCUAAAUAUGUUAGAGACAACAAGGCAUAGCAAGAUAACACUCAAAAGAAAUGUCACUAAUUAGACGAUAUGUAUGUUUUCUAUGCAAGUGUUCCUCUCCAGUCUUUUCUUUCUAUGUAUAAUAGAUGUAGCCAGUUUUAUAGUGACAAGAACAUGUCAAUACAGCUGAGAUUUAAACCAUAUACAGAAGGCAGCAUCACUCUGUGCCAGAUCCCGGGUCAGUCAGUUUUUGCAAAAACUUAAAUGCUUUGUUUUACCCCCGUUGGCUCGACGAUGACGGGAUUUGACAGAUAUGACAGUAAAAUGAAAGCUGUAAGAUUGAGGCUCACUUUCUAGGGAAAGUGUUUGGAACGCAUGUGAGUUUCUUUUCUACUGAUAUCCAGACUUCUUCUAAAUUUCCAUUUGUCCGAUACUUUUAAUUUAUAUAGCAAAUGUUCACAUGCCAACAUGUUACGCUAAGCUUAUGGAUAUUGUACAUUUUAUACCUGCUUAACAUCAGCAAGUUAGCAUUGUCAUAGUGAGCAUUUUAGCAAGCGGAUGUUAGUAGUAGUAAGGAUGUACCGCGUGACACCUGAAUUGUCCUACUUAUUUACCUGGGAACUGCAAAUCUUAACCACUUAAUGACCUUAAUUGAAAAUGUAUUUCAAAUGUCCUUCCGCAGUAGCAAAAAAGGACAAAGGUAUGUAAGCUAUGUUUUGGAUAGUAGAGGUGGUGUAUUGAAGGAAUGCUAAGAAUUAAGAGUUACUGUGUUUAUCAGUGCAGGCUCUGCUCAUUUUAACUCUCUCUGCAGAAAAUGUAGUCCAAAAACAUGUUUUGUAACAUAAACAUGGAGAGAAAGAGUCGGAAGGUUGGGAACUUUUUGGAUAUAACAAGUCUUAAGAGCUUGUAGGCUGAUCAACUUUCAAUCAAAGGUCGUCGGUUCAGGAAGCAUUUGGCCUGCUGAAGUGAUGUUGAGUAAGAUACUGAAGAUACCAACCAAGCUCCAGGGAAGAUGCUCUGUAGCUGAUCCAGACCCCUGACCUCCAUUUUUUUUUUCUCCCAGUAGUACUAUAUGGUACCCCAAAUCUGCAAAAGCUGGGUUUUAAGGGCUUGUUCUCACCAACUUUAUGAAGUUUCUAGUAUUUAUUUUGUUCCUCCUGCCCUCUUUUUGAAAUGCUGUUGAAUGUGUUUUAUAGUUGUGAUUGUUUUUUUUUUUAUACGAGCAAAGCAUGAUGCUGUUUACAGCUGCUUGCACAAAAACUGUUAAUGCAUUUAUCAAUGUUGAUAUUAAAAAAAGGUGAUUUUUUUAGUUUGUACAGUGUUGAAACUAUGCAGAAGCUGAUCAAAGACAGGACUGCUCUCAGUCAAAGCUGCGUCGGCUCUAUCCAGAUAUGAAGCCAUAUUAUUUACAGUAGUUUGAAGGUUCAGGACUUUUUUGGCACUGCAGCUGCAGCGCUCAGUUUGGUGACUGAAGACGUUGCCGGGGGAACCAAAGAGAAAGGAACAAAAAUACAGAAGACGCAGAGUGAAGGAACGCAGUCACAACUUUUUUUGUAAUGACUUCUUUUUUUUUUAAUGUACAUCUAUAUAUUAUAAAGUGUUUUUCAUUGUGUGAAAAAGCAUUGUUAUUUAUGUUUGUACAAUGUAUUGUAAAUGUAUUUUGUUAUAAACACCCUGCUUCCUGUCGCUAAUAAGAUGUAAUGUGGCCAUGUGUUUGGCCAUGAAUACAAUACGUAUUUUUAAA